CAAUGAGUCAACUUAAAAAGUUAUAGAGUUCAAGAGAUGAUCCUAUUUCUUGUAUUAUUGAACCUUCAAAAAUACUUGGAGGACUUUAUUUAGGCAACAUGGAAGCUGCAAGUAUUAGUUUUCAAAAAUGAAUUUAGGUGAUCCAUAUACUUUAUCUCAAUAUUAAAUCAAAGCUAUUUUGACUGUUUGUCCUUAGAGUAUCCCCUCAUCAACAAAAAUAAAGCUUAACUUUUACCAUCAAUGCAUGGCUGACGAUGAAGAUAGCUAUUAAAUAAGCAAACACUUUGAUGAAUCAUUUAGAUUUAUUGAAGCAUCUAGGAGAAUAACAAAUGUAUUGGUACAUUGCUAAAUGGGGAUAUCUAGAAGUGCAGUUAUUGUUUUAGCUUAUCUCAUAAAAAAAGAAUUGAUAGGAGCAAGAGAAGCACUAGAAUAUGUUGAAUAAAGAAGGUCUAUUAUUUUUCCAAAUAAUGGAUUUUUGAGACAAUUGGGAGCAUUUGAGCGAUAAGUAUUCAAUGAUUUAAUAAAUGAAUCAAAUUGCAAUAGGAGAAUUGCAAGUCCUAAACAAGUGGAACGAGACUAUAAGUAAAGACAAUUAGAUAAUGAAUUCGAAACGAAAAUGUUGAGAUUAAAAGAGUCGAAUAAACAACAACACUUACAGUAUGAUUACAAUCUACAAAAAUAAAAUGUUUACAGAAAACAAGAGAAUACUUUAUUUUCCAAUUUAUACUAUAAACACUAUUGA